AUGGCCCUGGGCAAGGCAAGCGAGGGGAUUCUCUGUGACAGCUCCGGAGCGAUGCUUGACCUGGCACCUGCAGUGGUUCACCUUGUUCUGGCACUCUCUCAGUGUGAGCUCGUGGUGUUGACUAGGUGUCUUCGAUACUUUUGGGCCUGGGUAGUCGGGUUUUGUGCACGAUCCCACCGAAACAGUGACGGCGCCGCUAGGGUGAAGCUCCUAAGAUUUUUGAUGAAAUUGAGUCACAAAACUGUAGCCAUCGAAUUAAAGAAGGGAACACAGGUCCAUGGAACAAUCACGUCCAGCUUACCUCUGGAUACACUCCCUGUGGAUGUUGAACCAAAGGUGAAAUCUAAGAAAAGGGAAGCUGUUGCAGGAAGAGGCCGAGGCCGAGGAAGAGGAAGAGGAUGUGGUCGGGGUAGAGGAAGAGGGGGUUCUAGGCGAUAAUGUCUCUCAAGAUUACUAUUUCAAAGUGAUACAUGAUUGGGGAUAUUUUUUGUACAGGUUUUGUUUGUUUAUGUCAGUUUUUAAUAAACAUAAAUGUAGGACA